AUGCCAGGGUUGGACCCAAAGAUAGUCGUGCACCGCUUGGUAGUAAAAAAGGGGUGUCGCCCGAUUAAGCAAGCUCAACGGCGCUUCCGCCCCGAGCUCAUUCCCUCAAUCGAAGCAGAAGUCAACAAGCUUAUAGAGGCUGGUUUCAUUCGCGAAGUUAAAUACCCAACUUGGAUAUCCAGCAUUGUUCCUGUGCGCAAGAAGAAUGGCCAGAUCCGCGUGUGCGUAGACUUUCGAGAUCUUAAUGUUGCAUGCCCGAAAGAUGACUUCCCCGCUCCCUAUCACAGAGUUAAUGAUAGAUGCUGUGCUACAUACCAAUGGGCCAUGCAGACUAUAUUUGACGACAUGCUGCAUAAAAUGGUGGAAUGUUACGUAGACGACCUGGUUGUGAAGUCGAAACUCCGCACAGAUCACAUGAUGCAUCUAAGACAAGUAUUUGACCGCUUGCGGAAGUUUCAACUCAAAAUGAACCCCCUGAAAUGUGCUUUUGGGAUUGCUGCUGGCAAAUUCCUUGGGUUUACUGUUCGACAUAGGGGCAUUGAGAUCGAACAAGCAAAGAUCGACGCUAUAAUGAAGAUGCCUGAGCCAAAGAACCUUCGUGAGCUUAAAAGCUUGCAAGGGAAGUUGGCUUAUUUAAGAAGAUUCAUAUCAAACCUAGCAGGAAGAUGUCAGCCCUUUAGCCGGUUAAUGAAGAAGGGUGUCCCAUUUGUAUGGGAUGAGGCCUGCAAGAAUGCUUUCCAAAGCAUCAAGUCCUAUUUAAUGAAGCCGCCUGUGCUAACUGCUCCAAUUCCAGGACGCUCGCUGAUCCUUUACAUCUCCGCCCAAGAAAGCUCGGUGGGUGCUUUACUUGCACAAGAGAAUGAUAACGGGAAAGAAAAUGCCCUUUAUUAUUUAAGUAGAAUGAUGACGCCAAAUGAGCUCAAAUAUCUGCCAAUUGAGAAGUUGUGUCUGGCCCUUGUAUUCGCCAUCAGGAAGCUCAAGCAUUAUUUCGAAGCGCAUACAAUUCGACUAGUUUCCAGGGCAAACCCAGUGAAGUAUGUCAUGUCAAAGGUUGUUCUUUCCGAUCGACUUGCUAGGUGGUACUUAUUAUUUCAACAGUUUGAGAUCACUUAUGUACAACAGAAGUCCAUCAAGGGGCAAGCCUUAGCAGAUUUCCUAGCUGACCAUCCAAUUCCUGCCGAAUGGGAGCUGUCCAGUGACCUACCUGAUGAGGACGUGCUUGUGGUUGAAGUUUUACCUCCAUGGAAGAUGUACUUUGAUGGAGCGGCACACAAAGAGGGGGCAGGCGCUGGAGUUGUCUUUGUUACGCCUGAAGGGGAAGUGCUUCCUUAUUCAUUUACCUUGACAGAGCGCUGCUCGAAUAAUGUUGCCGAGUAUCAGGCACUCAUUUUGGGACUUGAAAUUGCAGCUGAUAUGAAGCAACUAAGGGUUAACAUAUACGGAGACUCCAAACUGAUUAUCAACCAAGUACUUGGGGUUUACGAAGUAAAAAAGCCAGAGUUGAUCCCAUACAACAGUUAUGCAAAGAUGCUCCUGCAUUGGCUAGGAGAUGCUACGAUGGAGCACAUUCCAAGGAAACAUAAUAAGCAAGCCGAUGCCUUAGCUGCUUUGGCUUCAACUAUAUCACAUCCUAUAGAUGAGGCUCGGCUACGAGUAUGCCAAAGAUGGGUAGUCCCUCCAAUCUUCGAGGACGAUGGCUCUCUUGACGACAUUGUUGAACUCCCGACUGUUUCUGUCUAUGAGGUAGAUAAAGAGGAUUGGAGGCAAUCAUUGAUUGACUACCUUGUUGAUGGGAAGUUACCUCAACACCCUCGUAAGAGGGUAGAUGUAAGACGUCGAGCUCCUCGCUUCAUAUAUUUCAAGGAUGCGCUAUACUGGCGCUCGUUUGAUGGUGUGUUUCUUCGAUGUUUAGGCGAAGAGGAAGCUUUACAAGCGAUGGAGGAGGCUCACUCUGGAGUGUGCGGUGCUCAUCAGUCUGCGUGUCAAUUUCAUGCGAACUUUAUCCAUCAACCUCCUGAACCGCUACAUCCGACGGUAGCAUCAUGGCCAUUUGAUGCAUGGGGGCUCGAUGUGGUUGGUCCUAUUACACCCAAGUCAUCAGCAGGGCAUUCGUAUAUAUUAGCAGCCACCGAUUAUUUCUCAAAGUGGGCUGAAGCAGUGGCUUUAAAGGAAGUGAAGAAGGAAAAUGUUGCAGAUUUCAUUCGAGUUCACAUUAUCUAUCGUUUUGGCAUCCCUCGGUAUAUCCUAACCGACAACGGGAAACCAUUCGAUAAUAAAUUGAUGGAUAAAAUCUGCAAACUUUUUGAGUUCGAGCAAAGAAAUUCAUCAGCUUAUUAUGCAGCUUCAAAUGGACUUGCCGAGGAUUUUAACAAAACUCUAUGCAAUCUACUAAAAAAGGUGGUGUCGAAGUCAAAACGUGAUUGGCAAGAAAGGAUGGAAGAAGCACUGUGGGCAUACCGAACUACAUACCGUACACCAACACAAAGCACUCCAUACUCACUGGUUUACGGGGUUGAAGCAGUCUUGCCUCUUGAACGCCAAAUACCUUCUCUAAGGUUAGCUAUCCAAGAAGGCCUUACAGACGAGGAUAAUGUAAAGUUGCGGUUGACAGAGUUAGACGCUCUCGAUGAGAAGAGAUUGCAGGCCCAACAAAGUCUAGAAUGCUAUCAAGCUCGAAUUUCUAGAGCUUUCAACAAGAGGGUAAGGAUUCGCUCAUUUCAGGUUGGUGACAAGGUGUUGGCGGUUCGUAGACCUAUCAUUAUUACAAGGAAAACUGGGCACAAGUUUACUCCAAAAUGGGAUGGACCUUACGUGGUACAAGAAGCAUACUCAGGAGGUGCUUACAAGCUAAUUGAUGAAGAUGGUGUGCGAGUUGGCCCUAUUAACGGGAAAUUCUUAAAGAUCUAUCAUCCCUAA